AUGCUGUGGAUUUGGACUAAUAAUAAUAAUAAUAAUAAUAAUAAUAAUAAUAAUAAUAAUAAUAAUAAUAAUAAUAAUAAUAAUAAUAAUAAUAAUAAUAAUAAUAAUAAUAUUCGGUCUGAUCAAACAACUCUGGAAAUUAAUGUACGCCAAAAUUUAAAAUCAGAACAAAAGAAUGGUAUACGAAGAGAUUUAUGGAAAAAACGAAUGUAA